AUUGCUUCAAUACUAAGUAUUAAACCAACAACUCCAGCACUCAUUAUGUCUUGUCCUUGUUCUUCGGGCUCCCUUCAAAUCUUGUCAGUACAUUUGAUUCCUCACGUUCUUCCGUUGAGGUGUUUUCUCGUUUACCGAGGUAAUGAUGCAGACCACUAUUAUCUUUCUUCUGGCUGCAGCGACAGUAAACGCAGCUUCACAGUGCACAUCUCCUAGAUUAUCUGUUCAAGGCGCUGAUACAAUAGUCCUUCGAGAUUAUGCGAAUGGUCUCAGAGAUGGUGCCCCUUUCAUAACCUACGAGCAUGGUGUGGCUUGGAGAGCUCUGGAGAUGGUCUACCAUGCCACACGUGAUGAGGCUUAUGUAGAUCACAUUACUAAGAGUGUGAAUAACAUUGUCACGGAAGAAGGGGGACUGCUUGAUUACAAUUUGACAUACUACACGCUUGACGAUGUCAGAAUUGGAGAGACGCUCAUUUACUUGUAAGCCUUUUAUCUUCGAUAGUGCAACACUUGAUACUCACAGAAAAACAGGAACAAGAAUACUGGGGAAGCAAAAUACAAAGGAGCUGCUGAUCUUCUCCGCUCUCAGCUUCAAACCAACCCCAGAAAUCCCGAGGGGGGUUUCUGGCAUCGCUCUACCUAUCCAAAUCAAAUGUGGCUCGAUGGAUUGUAUAUGGUAUCUCCUUUCUACGCUCACCACACCGCAGUUUAUGUUCCCAAAAACAUCACAGCAUUCGACGAUAUCACCAAACAAUUUGAACUAACUCACACCAACUGUGUUAAUCACAAUGUCAGUCAAACGGGCUUGUUAAAACAUGGUUACGAUAGUUCACAUGUUGCUGUUUGGGCAGACGCGGCAACGGGAGAAUCUCCUGAAUGUUGGGAUAGAGCUCUGGGAUGGUAUGUCAUUGCCAUUGUCGACGUAUUGGACUACCUUCCAAAGAGUCACCCCGGUUUUGCCAUUCUCAAGUCCAUUCUUGCUGAGACUAUGGCUGGUAUUGUGAAAGCAGUUGAUAACGAUUCCAAACUCUGGUGGUUGGUAAUGAGCCAACCUGGUAGAGCCAAGAAUUACAUCGAGUCUAGUGGUUCUGCUAUGUUCAUUUACGCUGCCUUGAAGGGAAUCAGAAAUGGAUACCUGGCCGAGGAUUAUUUGCCAACGAUGACAUGUGCUUAUGAGGCUUUGGUGGAGAAGUCUGUAAGUGAAGCUUCAGAUGGUGGAAUCAACUGGAAUGGUACUGUUAGUGUGGGAAGUUUGAGUGGCACAGGCGAUUUUGAUGUAAGUCUAUCAAUUCUUAGAAUACUUUCAUGUCCUGUUUCUUGCCUGGAGUGAUACUGACUGAGAUAAUUCUAGUACUACGUUUCAGUUGCUUUGAACCAGAACGACUUGAAAGGAUUGGGUCCAUUCAUCAUGGCCAGUGUUGAGUAUGAGAAAGCAGUUUGCUAAGGGGAAUAAAAAUAAUGCUUACACAACAGUCGUAUAUUAAGUUAGGACUUCUUAUUCAAUGACAACUCUCAAAAUUUUCUUCUUUUAAUC